AUGUAUCGACCGAUUACCAAUUGUAUUUAUGAACAUAAUGAGAAAAGCGUUAUUUGUAAAUUAAUUGAACAAAACAAGAAAAUCACUACUAAUGAAUUAUUGUGUUGCAAUAAAAAGGAAAAUAGUUGUUCUGCCUAUUCAUCUGGUUGCUUUGAACCAGAAGAAGUAGUUCAAUGCCAUAAUCUUACAGCCCUUGACGCUUGUCGACGCAAUGACACACUUGCACUCCAAGUUUGUGGUGGUUUGCGAGAUAGCCUUUUCUGUUUAACGGCGGGUGCAGCGGUAGAAGAUCCACAAUAUACCAGACUUCAUUUCCCUGAAGCAAUAGAAUUGAUGGUAAGUCGGAAUAAGCUCGAAGAAUCUAAGGAGGCGACUUUUUGUAAUAAUCAAGAUCGCAACUAUCAAUUAUGUAAUUCUACCGCGAAUCCUACGACAAAUUUUACAUGCGGUGACUUAUUUCAAGGGGGAUGUAAUCAAUGCACUUGGAAGAGCAGCACAGGUACCAUCAUUAAUAGGUACAUAAAAACAGAAUUAUGUGAACCUAUUGCGGUAGAUCAAAUGCCUACAAUAAUUGGAUUAGUCACUAUUGUUGGAGUUCUAGUAUUAAUUCUGAUUUUGUUUGUUGCUGCGAGGGUUUACAAAAAGCUUAAAAUUAAGAAUGGGGUUAGUAUUACAUAUCUCAUCGUUUUUGUGAUAUCCAAUUCGAAAUAUAACUAA